AUGUUGAAAGAAAAGGCCGAACUUGAUCUUGAGGCGAUACCACCUUCGGAAUCGGCCCAUGAACAAGUGAUAGCUGAAAAGCCCAUUGAACACGACGCUGUCUUUGGUACGAUCACGGAAGAUGGACCCAACUAUAGAAAUGUCGGUUGGAAAGGCACUACAGCCCUCCUGUUGAAGACCCAGAUAGGUCUAGGUGUCCUUUCAAUGCCCGAUAUCUUUAGUUCACUGGGUCUUAUUCCAGGCCUUGUUCUGAUCCUGGUGAUUGCCGGUAUAACGACAUGGGCUGACUGGAUGGUAGGCGUCUUCAAACGACGCCACCCUCAUAUCUACGGUGUCGAUGACGUUGGCCGAAUGCUUUUUGGCAGAAUUGGCUUUGAAGUCUUUGGUGCAUGUUUCUGUAUUUGUUGGUGUGGCUCUGCUAUUCUGAGCAUCUCGAUUGCACUCAACGCUCUUUCAUCCCACGCGAUUUGUACCGCCAUCUUUGUCGCCGUCGCAGCAAUUGUCGCCUCCAUUUUUGCCAGUAUUCAGACACUCGGACGUAUUAGCUGGCUGGCUUGGGUUGGAACGAGCUGCAUAGUUGUAUCUGUUUUUGUGUUGACGAUUGGGGUGGGAGUCCAGGGUCACCCGCCUGUUACUGCGGCCACUGGAGGAAUGGUCGUUAAAUCAGAUUGGAAAUUUUUCGGAAACCCGAGCUUUGCAAAUGCCAUUUCAGCCGUCUCGACAUUGAUUUUUGCUUAUGCAGGUACACCAGCGUUUUUCAACGUUGCUGCAGAGAUGCGGGAUCCCCGGGAUUUCACCAAAUCCGUCCUUGUGUGCCAGGCCUCCAUCACUGUUAUCUACAUCGUUAUAGGUACGGUGGUUUAUUAUUACUGCGGAUCAUAUGUUGCCUCUCCUGCCCUUGGGUCAGCCGGCGAGGUCAUCAAGAAGAUAUCAUAUGGUAUCGCAUUUCCGGGGCUGGUUGUUUCUGCAGUCUUGUAUCUUCAUCUGCCCGCAAAACACAUAUUUGUCCGUCUACUGCGUGACUCCAGGCACCUAGCCUCGAACACAAUCAUUCACUGGGUUACAUGGCUGGGCUCUACUAUCACGGUAACAGUGGUUGCGUACGUGAUUGCCAGUGCAAUCCCUGUUUUCGGUAGUCUUGUUUCUCUGAUUGGUGCUCUAUUGGGAACAUUUCUCACUUUCCAAGUAAUGGGAUGCACGUGGCUAUAUGUCAAUUGGCAGGCCAGUCCAGAGGAGCGUACUUUCAAAUGGAAAGCUGGAGUUGCAUGGAGCGGUUUUGUCAUCGUUGGGGGAUGCUUCUUAAUGAUAGCUGGUACAUACGGUUCAGUGGUGGACAUCAUCGACUCUUAUAAGGAGUCUGGGGGGUCAGCAGCCUGGUCGUGCGCGGACAACUCUACGUAA